CGGGCUGCCACUGGGGAAGGUCAAGGGGCUUUUACGCACAGUUGGUGCCGUCUUGUUGACCGCGCACCAGGGGCUGCGGGUCAUUUAUCUGUAACUUUGUUGUGUGGUUCCCGAAUCAGUGGCUUUUGGCUCGAAACUGGUAGAAGAAUAUGUGCAGUUGACCUCCAGGGAGUGAGCAGUGUGCGUAAAACGCGUUGGGUUCGCCAUGGCUCUGGAGAGCGCGUCGCUACUGAAAGCGGGGCUUGUGUUGCUGCUGGCAGCUCACGUCCUGCCAUCAGUGUCCGGCUGCCACACAGGUUAUUACGAGAUGGCGAUAAACGAUUUCUGCCUAACUAAAUUCCAACUGGACAUGGCGGGGCUGGACCGAGGGCUGUGGUGCAGCUGGAAGGACACCAUGGAGAUCUACGAGGGAACUACCAACUGCACCUACCAGGUGGCCUUGAAGAUGGACUGCUUCUGGCCCAAUCAGAUAGUGGACCGCUUCUUCAUGCAGAUUCACCGGAUCUACUUCCACGACUGCGCUCUGACAGGCCGGCUCCUCCACGACCCCCCCACCAGCAUCCUGGCCCCGUUCAUCGCCGUGCCGGUGCUGAUCACCCUGCUUAUGACUGCACUAGUGGUGUGGAGGAGCAAACGCACAGAGGGGGUUUUAUAGGGUCUUGUAAAUACAUAUGGACUUCUGAUGUGAAGCGUAGCAUGUGAUUUUUCUUCAUAUAUUAAGCUGAUGCACUUAUCAUUUUUUUCUUGCAUUGUUUUAUUCCCAUGAGUGAAUAGAUGGUUGCUCAUGAAGAGCAGCAGGUUGACUUUAAUAUGUAAUAAAAAGGUAUGAAAAUAGAA